GGAGGACCCUCCAAAUCUGCAUGUGUGCUGCAGGAUCACAGCUGGGGGAGGAGCUGCCACAAUCCAGCUAAGCAGCCCUACUGACGGACUGACUGGAGAUGGCUCGGAUUUCACCAUUUGCCUGGGCUGACUUUGUUUUGCUCCCAGCCUGUCCCGGUGCUGGAGGGAUAUGCUGAGAGAGUUGAGCACUGUAUGAGGGAAGCAACAGCAGGGACAGAAAGGCGCUUUAUCAUCUCGUUCCCUAUAGGAGCCGAGCCACCGAUGAAAGCGAGGAUUGGGCUAUAGGGUCGCUUAGUGUCCGUGCUUCUGUGCUACAGUCGCUGCUCUGUGUGAGGUGCAUCUGGGCGCAGCGCUACCCGCCGGGGCUAUUUUUACUAUCAGGCUGGGCGUGUGUGCCAGGGGGAGGAGGCGGCAAAGUUUAGCCGUGCAGUGUGUGCGUGUGGAUUGAUUUCCCUACUCGGGACUGGCUGGCAAGCUUUCCCACUGCGCGAACUGAUCUGGAGCGAAGUUGUAGCCGGAGCGGAGGGCUGUGUUUAUAGGGGGAUGGGAAGUGCAUGGGGGGAGGUGCAGCUGCUGCUGGAGUAGAGGGGGCUUGGGCAGUCCGCUGUCUCGCUGCCAUUUCAUCAGACUGGAGCUUUGAAGAUCACAAAGAUUACACAGCUGGGCCCCAAGGCACUGGCCGGGCUCUGCGGGGCUGGGGGAUGUACGGAGCCUUUUAAGCCCAAUUGGAUGUUCCCUGCGAGCGGCAGCUGGAUCGGAAGCCUCCUAUGUGGACUAUUGCUCGGAGCUUACACAAAGUUACCAGAUGGGUGCCAGGAUCUGCCAUUUGCCUGUGCCCAGGGAUAAGUAGCACCAGGGAGACAUUGGGAGGCGGCACAACUAAUUCCCCACUCGGUAGAAUUCAGUUCUGAGAAGGAAGAAUAAUCCACUCGGUGAACCAUGACACUGCGCGCGGGUUGUGCCUGGGCUCUGCUGCUAACAGUAAGCACGGUCUGUGCCGUUAGCUUUCCUGAAGACGACGAGCCUAUUAAUGUUGUAGAUUAUCACUAUUCAAGGCAAUAUCCAGUAUUUAGAGGACGCCCUUCAGGCAAUGAUUCACAGCACAGCCUGGACUUUCAACUGAUGCUGAAAAUUCGAGACACACUUUAUGUCGCUGGAAGAGAUCAGGUUUAUGCUAUCAAUUUAAAUGAAGUACCGAAGACUGAAGUAACACCAAGCAGAAGGUUGACAUGGAGGUCGGGCCAAGCAGACCGAAAAAACUGUGCAAUGAAAGGAAAGCACAAGGAUGAAUGCCAUAACUACAUCAAGGUUUUCGUUCCAAGAAAUGAUGAGAUGGUGUUUGUCUGUGGUACAAAUGCAUUCAAUCCUAUGUGCAGAUAUUACAGGUUAAAUACUUUUGAUUAUGAUGGGGAAGAAAUUAGUGGCUUGGCAAGAUGCCCAUUUGAUGCCAGACAAACCAAUGUAGCCCUAUUUGCAGAUGGCAAGUUAUAUUCUGCUACCAUGGCAGAUUUCCAAGCUAGUGACGCUGUGAUCUAUCGAAGCAUGGGGGAUGGAUUUGCUCUGAGGACAAUUAAAUACGACUCCAAAUGGCUGAAAGAGCCACAUUUUCUCCAUGCAAUAGAAUACGGAAAUUAUAUCUAUUUCUUCUUUCGUGAAAUUGCUGUUGAACAUAAUAAUCUAGGCAAGGCCGUACACUCUCGUGUGGCACGCAUAUGCAAAAAUGACUUGGGAGGCUCACAGCGAGUGCUGGAGAAACACUGGACUUCAUUCGUAAAAGCGCGACUCAAUUGCUCUGUUCCUGGGGAUUCUUUCUUCUACUUUGAUGUUCUGCAGUCUAUCACGGACAUAAUAGAAAUCAAUGGAAUUCCCACUGUUGUCGGUGUAUUUACCACACAGCUGAACAGCAUCCCAGGUUCAGCAGUUUGUGCUUUCACCAUGGAUGACAUAGAAAAGGUAUUCAGAGGAAGAUUUAAAGAACAAAAGACCCCAGACUCUGUUUGGACAGCUGUACCUGAAGACAGAGUACCUAAGCCAAGACCUGGUUGCUGUGCAAGACAUGGUUACGGAGAAGGCUACAGGUCCUCUACAGAAUUCCCUGACGAAACCUUAUCUUUUAUCAAGUCCCAUCCACUGAUGGAUUCUGCCAUCCCAUCUAUAAUUGAAGAACCUUGGUUCACUAAAACACGCGUAAGGUACAGAUUAACUGCCGUAGCAGUGGACCACUUGGCAGGACCUUACUUAAACUACACAGUUAUGUUUGUGGGUUCUGAAGCUGGCGUUGUAUUAAAGAUCCUAGCCAAGACAAACCCCUUUUCUCUAAAUGACAGUGUAUUACUGGAAGAAAUUGAUGCCUACAACCGUGCAAAGUGUUCUGGAAAUAGCGAGGAGGACAGAAAAGUUAUUUCCCUUCAGAUGGACAGAGAUCAUCAUGCCUUGUUUGUGGCUUUCUCUGGCUGCAUUGUCAGACUGCCUUUGAGCCGCUGUGAGCGAUACGGAUCAUGCAAAAAGUCUUGUAUUGGUGCAAGGGAUCCUUAUUGUGGCUGGCUGAACCAUGAGUCCUGCGGAAGAGUGAAACCGGGCAUGUUUUUUGGGUAUGAACAGGAUGUGGAAUACGGCAACACAGUACAGCUUGGCGACUGUCAUGACAUUGAAGUUCCUUCUACUUCUGUAACCACCACAAGUAGCCCAGUUAUUUUACCUAAAGUGAUUGGUUCCUGGAAACCCAGAAUGACUGGCUCACGGAAAUUUAUAUACCAAGAUGACCCAAACACCUCAGAGUAUAUUGAUCCGUUAACAGGUGUCCAAAAGGGUGUACGGUGGGAAGUACAGUCAGGAGACGCCAACCAAAUGGUCCAUAUGAAUGUUUUGAUCACCUGCGUUCUUGCUGCUUUUGUGCUCGGAGCUUUCAUCGCAGGAGUGAUAGUUUACUGCUACAGGGAGAUGUUUGUAAGGAAAACAAGAAAAAUCCACAAAGAUGCAGAGUCUGCUCAGUCCUGUACAGAUUCAAGUGGAAGUUUUGCAAAAUUAAAUGGAUUGUUUGAUAGUCCAGUUAAAGAAUAUCAUCAAAGCAUUGAUUCUCCCAAGCACUACACAAAUAUAUUAACUAGUAGAAAGGAACUGCCACCAAAUGGAGAAACCAAGUCUAUGAUGAUGGACAGUCAAGGACAGCCACCUGAACUAGCGGCCCUUCCAACACCCGAAUCUACCCCAGUUCUUCACCAAAAGAGUUUGCAGCCCAUAAAAAACCAGUGGGAGAAAACACACAAUAACUUAAACAUCUCACGGAAAGAAACACCUCUUAAAAGUCCUCAGUUCUUUCCUUCCAGCCCUCCACCCCAUUCACCUUUAGCUCAUGGGCAAAUACCAAGUGCUGUUGUUAUUCCAAAUGCCACCCAUGACUACAAUACUUCCUUUUCAAACUCAAAUGCCCACAAAUCGGAUAAAAAAUUGCAUAACCUGGAGCACUCUUUGGGAAAACAGUCAAGCAAAAGAGACCACAGGCGCUCUGUUGAUUCAAGGAAUACAUUAAAUGACUUUUUGAAGCAUUUGAAUGAAUCUGCUGGAAACCCCAAAGCUCUUAUGGGAGAUAUUCAAGUAACACAUCCGAAUGGUCACCAAGUUCCACAUCAAACUUUAAUGUUAGAUACAAUGGGCAACAUGUCUGAAGUUCCACCUAAAGUUCCAAACAGAGAGGCAUCUCUGUAUUCCCCAUCGUCUACUCUACCAAGAAACAGCCCAACAAAAAGAGUAGAUGUACCGUCAACUCCAAAUGGGCAAAUGACUCCUAUAGAAUCUCAAAGGAGCUAUCAUAAGAACUCUUCACAGAGGCAUUCAAUAUCAGCCAUGCCUAAAAAUAUGAACUCACCAAAUGGUGUUUUGCUUUCAAGACAGCCAAGUAUUAAUCGAGGAGGGUAUAUGCCUCCAAGUCCCAGCACAAGGAUGGACUAUAUGCAAGGGACGCCUAUAAUAGUGCACCAACAGACUUCUUUGUCACGGCAAAGUAGUUAUACAGGGCAUGGAACCCUUCCUCGCAUGGGGGUAAAAAGGACACCAUCUAUUAAGCCAGAUGUGCCACCAAAACCUUCAUUUACUUCACAAAAUACAUCUGUAAGACAGCUGAACAAAUAUAGCUACUAAGAACAAUAUUCUUGCUUAAAGCAAAUAAGGUUAUGACGUGAUGUUGUAAUACAGACUGUGCAGGCAGGUGCCUAGUCAUUCCCAAACAAAGUGGCCAAAGAAGCUCUCUUUAGUUUGGCAACAUCAUGUCUUGCCACUCACAGAUAAAGUCCAACGAGCAAAAGAGCAAAACAAAGGAAAGUGCUGGUCAUUUAAUUUCUUUUGUUUGGCGCAGUGUGGAGAUGUAGCACAACACAUGCUACUUGAGGGGUUUUUUGUUUUUUUACUGAAACAGCACCACAUGUAACGAUAUACUUGAAAACUGGCUUCAUUUCAAACCACCACCGUGUGUACCCAUCCCAUUUAAUGUGAACGUUUAUUGUGUAUGCAUUCACCUUGCCUCUUGCACAAGUGUCACAAAGUUGUCUCGAUCAAAGUUUGUGUUAAAUCUUCCCACUGUCUCCAGCCCAUUAAUUUCUCAUGCACAGCAUUUUCUGUACUCCACCGAUACACCAGAUCUUAGUAUUUGCUAUUCAUGCAUGUGUCACAAACGGGCCCGUACCAAUUCUUGUUGCAACUCCUAUGCUAUGCAACUGUUAACACUGAGCAUGGCAGAACAAACAUAGGAUGUACUUCCAUGCCAUGCAGCACUGUUUGUAUCUGGGAGAAACAGAGCUGCCUUUACUUUCCGAUAAACAUGGCUGAACGAGGUACCUCCCAUAAAAACGUAAAGAUUCUUAGUAAGGUUAUGCUGCUAUUUAAUCAAUAUUGUGUAUUUUCACUGGAAAAGCUACUGAGGAUCUUUAACUAGUUUAGUGAAAAUAAAAAAAAGGGGUGAAUUAUGUUGCUGGGAUACCAUGAUCGGAAUUGUUGUCAGUUUAAGAUAAGCGCCAGGUAAAUUUCCCUGUUUCUAUAAAUGCAGCCCUUAAUAGUGGAACAUUAUUACGGUUCCUAGUUGCCAUAGGUAUAGUGAAGGUGAAAUUGCCACCGCUCCAGUACUAAGUUCAACAAUAGUGCAAUUAUGUUCAUUUCAUGUUUUCUGAGUGUUUUAAAAGGUCAUGCAGGUAAUGACAAUGUUCUGUAAAUAGAUGUGAGGAUACCCGAAUCUGUGCAUUUUGUGCCUUAUUCAUGAGAAUACAAUUACUGUAGCCUGUCAGAGUGUCUUCGGUGCAGCGUAUUAUCCGAGUGUCAGAUCCAUUUUGACUAAGUCCUUUCAACCACUAAAUACAAUAAGAAUGUAGAAGGCAGUCAGAACUACCAUGUAGCGGGAGAAACUCUCCGAUCAAUAUACCAUCCUAGAAAUGAAAUACAGAUUUCUGAGCUAAAACAACACCUGCUAAAAUUGGUGCAAGACAUUUCCAAGAUUUGACAGCAGAGCGGCCUGUGACGGAUAUUCGGCACAGAUGGUUAUUUUAGCUGAGAAGAUGCACAUAAGCAUAUUGUUUAUUGUACAUAGAAUAUGCUAAAAACUGAGGCUGGAUUCAUUUUAUUCAAGAGAAUGUCCAUUUUUUAUUUGUAAACUGACAGGAAACUAAAUCGGCUUAUUCUCUUGUGUAAAUUCGUCUGACAGAAAGUAUUCACUUGUCUUGUUCAUGGCCAAAGUUGGGGUAAUGUUUUUAUAAUGAAUGAAUACCCGUUAUGCAAUUAGCCAUCCAUUUUUUCAGUUACAAAGGCUGAUGAUGUGCGUUUAUGUUUGCAAAAGAGUUAAGAGCACUUGAGACUGAGAAAAGCCAAACCAGAAAACCUUUUAACCCGGGUAACUUUUUACUGCCUUGUAGAUCGUAAUGUGAGUUCUAUCAGUAUUUAUGUUGAUGUUUCUAACAUUCAAUCUAGGCAAACAUUUCAUUUAAUUAAAAAAAAGUGCUUUAUCCAUUUGUGCAAAGGUUUAAAAAAAAGCAGAUUGUAACUUUUUUUCUAUUGGUCCAACAUAGAGAAGUAACCAUGAAAAUAAGUUGCUCUAUCCUGUUCUUUAGAGUCCUUUAAAGGGUAGAUAUCUUGUAUUGUGAAUGUGUAAAUAAUUCUGUACUAUUUGGGUUUUUAACACCGCAUGUAAAGAAAAAAUAAAAUAUCCAAAAUAUGAAA